AUGGUCCACAGGGUUCUCACCUGGCUUUUGCUGCUCCUAACUUUGCUAUUCACUAUCGAUCUGGUGGUAAGCCACACUAGAAAUAUUUAUACGACAGAUGGAAGCCGUUUGGGAUUAAGCAGAAGUAUCAAAAUACUAGAUGGAAAUAGUAAUAGCAGUUUUACUCCUUUGAGUCGAUCGAAACGUUUGGCUAUCUACAAUGGCCAGGGAAUUGUCAAGUUGGUCCCGAGCUUAGCGUAUCCCGUGAAACAGGCCGACAAGGACCAAUCCUUUUGGUGGUUCUUCAACAUACAGGGCCAGUGGAUACCCACCACCGUUCCCCUCUACUGGUGGAGCUUCUGGAACACCACAGCCUUUGUGUCCACAGCUCGGGAGUGGCGCAAGGACAUUCAGGCGAGUUUGCACGACGAGGCCCGAUCCUGGGUGUACAAUGCCAUCGAAAUAGGCAUGGAGCAAUUGGAUGGAGCAUAUGGAGGAGUCUGCCUGCUGAGAAGCAUAUGCGAAAUCUCUCAGAAACCCUUUCAGAACAGCAAUAUCUUCAGCGAGAUUGUAAACGCAGUGUUGGUGUAAGUACACAUUAAGUACGAGGAACCGAAAUAUUUUCAAUCUAUUUCAGCCCAGCUGGACAAUGUGGGCAGUAAGUAUUUGCACGCCCGGGAUGCCGGACGUGGAGGAGCCGAUUGACGGACCUACAGCGACUGCAAUCCACUGCUCUGGACCCUUGUCAAGAACAUGGCCAAGAACCCGUUUUAA